AUGGAACAAACUACCUCUCGUCUACGUAAGACCUUUCGCUAUCCCACAGAUAACGACUCCGAUGACUCGUUACCUGAAGCUCUUGAUGAAGAAGAACAAGAUAAUUUAAUCCAACACCUCACCACCCUCCACACAAAAUACAAUACCCUCUACGCCCGAUUUCUCCUCUGCCUUCCCCUCAUAAGCACCAUCCCCUACCUCACACUCUUUUCCCCCACCACCUCUCUUCUCAGUAUCCUAUCCAUUACCUCGCUCCUCUCCACCGCUUUCCUCAUCUACUCAUUACCUCCAGAGGAAACAUCUAUUUCCAUUCUCGACAAUUUCAAUCGACCAUCCAAGUCUUCCCAUGGGUCAAAAAUAGGAGUACUGGGAGUUAACGGAGUAGACAAUGGACCCCUCUUAACCUACCUCCCGACCCUCAAUCUCCUCCUCAGUCUCAUCCUCGGUAUUCUAGGAACCAUUCUCAAAUCUAAAUCCCGCGCCAGAAUUGCAGACGCAGAUAUAAAUAUAUGGUGGACCGGAUUCGAAUGGUUACCUCUGGGAAUCUACGCAGUGGUGCUCCUUGCAAAAACAGUCAUGGGGAGUGUCAAUCCAGAAGAGGAAUUGGGGAGUUUAAAGUACGGAUAUAAGGGGGCUUGA